GCCAGGUCGCACCCUGAUGACGCGCCUGCGAGGCACCUUAGCAACGCGGUUGCUUAGAUGCGGGGAAGGUCUGCAACAUGGAUGCGACCUCGGCUCCUCACCGCAUCCCCGCAGAGAUGCCCCAGUACGGGGAGGCGAACAACAUUUUCGACUUGAUGCAGAGCAUGCUGGAGCAGCUCCUGAUCCACCAGCCCGAGGAUCCCAUCCCUUUCAUGAUCGAGCACUUGCAUCGGGACAACGAUCAUGUGCCGAAGAUCAUAAUAUUAGGUCCGCCCGCCUCGGGGAAGACAACUAUCGCCAUGUGGCUUUGUAAACACCUGAACACGAACCUCCUCACCAAGGGGAGCCUAAUAAGAAAAGAAUCCUCCUCUUUGGCUACGGAAGCCCAAAAGCUUUACCAGAGAUUCAAGAAAGUCCCUGACAUGCUGCUCAUCCAGCUGGUUCAGGAGCGCCUGAGCGAAGUGGACUGCGUCAGGAAGGGCUGGAUCCUGGACGGCAUUCCUGAGACUCGGGAGCAGGUGCUGAUGAUGCAGACCCUGGGGCUCGCCCCCAAGCACGUCAUCAUCCUGAAUGCGCCGGACUCCGUCCUGAUUGAGAGAAACCUGGGGAAGAGGAUCGACCCUGUAACCAGAGAGAUCUACCAUACCACCUUCGACUGGCCACAAGAGUCCGAAGUCCAGAACCGGCUGGUUCAGCCAGAGGGCAUCUCAGAGAUGGAGACAGCUCAGAAACUGCUGGAAUAUCACAGGAGCAUCAUCCGCGUCCUUCCCGCCUACUCCAAAGUCCUGAAAGCCAUCAGUGCUGACCAGCCCUGCGUGGAUGUCUUCUACCAGGCUCUGACCCACGUGCAGACCAGCCAUCGAUCCAACGCCCCGUUCACCCCGAGGGUGGUGCUCUUCGGGCCCAUGGGCAGCGGCAAGCGCCUGCAGGCGGCCCUGCUGGCCCAGAAAUACGGCCUUGUCCACGUCUGCUUCGGGCAACUGCUGAAAGAGACGGUGCAAGGCCAGUCGAGGCUGGGAGAGCUCAUCCAGUCCUUCUUUGAAAAGGAGAUGCCAGUCCCUGACAACAUCGUCAUGAAGGUGCUGAAGCAGCGCCUCAGCCAGCCGGACUGCCUGCAGAGAGGCUGGGUGCUGCACGGCUUCCCUCGAGACCUGGACCAGGCCCAAAUGCUGGCCAGCAUGGGCUACAGCCCCAACAGGGUAUUUUUCCUGAACGUGCCCCUGGACUCCAUCCUUGAGCGUCUGACUCUGAGAAGGGUGGACCCGGUCACAGGAGAAAGGUACCACCUCAUGUACAAGCCACCCCCCACCCUGGAGAUCCAGGCCCGCCUCCUGCAGAACCCCAAGGAUUCCGAAGAGUGGGUGAAGCUGAAGACGGACCUGUUCUACAGGAACUCCGUGGAGCUGGAGCAGUUCUACAAACAGGCCAUCACCCUCAACGGGGACCAGGACCCCUACACGGUCUUCGAGUAUCUGGAGAGCGGGAUCAUCAACCCCCUGCCCAAGAAAGUGCUCUGACGGGUCAAGGAUCUCUCGAGCCCCGAAGAAAAGUGCUCACUAUCCACCUCCCCACCCCCAGCCUUCCAGAGCCCGCUCCGAGCCAAUAAAGAGUCCUGGCUACUG